AUGGACGAGCCAUCAAUCAGCUACUCAGAGAACUUAUCAACUAGCCAUUUCGAAGAAAUUCAGUCGCAUGCCUUGAUCGUCGAAGGCUCUAUGGGCGUUUUUAACAUCACUUCAUCAUUUGAGAAAAACAUGGGCGAAAAUAUCCAUGGCCCAACUUCCACAUAUGAGUCGAUACCAGUUCUUCCUUUGUCCCCCACAUUAAUGACCUUGGACUCUCCUACUCAUCCAAUAAGGGUGUUUGAAAGACUUAUCGAAGAUGUAAAUAAGAGAAACUAUUCACUGAGUUUAGUUUCGAUAUUUUUCUCUUGUAGGCAUUUCCUCGGCAUUAUUUUUUUCCCAUCAGGCAUUUUCGCCACCAAAAAGCAUGUCUAAAAAGAAAAAUCUUCAAAUAGAUAGUGCCAAGGAAAUGUCUGACGGAGGAAAUCUUCAAUUAAAGAUUUGGUACGAGAGAAACCACUUGAAAAAGAAAAUCGAAACUUUUGUCGUCCAAAGAGAAGAAGAGCAAUCUAAAAAGUUUAAAUCUCCAAGAAAGCUCACAAAAGACCAGGUCGAAGACCUCUAUAAUCGACUAUUGCUUGACCAGCAGAAAAGACAAGAAGCACAAAAUUUGAGGCAGCUUAUGAGAGAAAGCCCUACUAGAGAGUUACCAAAAGUUAUGAUGAGCAAGAAAAAAGAAGAAGAGCUUUUGUAUAGGCUGCACGAGUACGCGCAGAAGAAAAAAGAAUGAAUUGAAAUAAUGCAGGAAAAAAAGCAAAGACUUGAGGAAGAAGAAAUUGAAAGAUUGAAGCAUUACAGCCCGCGAAGAUAUCGCGACCCUAAUUUGUUUGAAAGACUGAGCAUUCCUAAGCUAAAAUCUCCUCCAAGGAGCUUAUCAAGCACAAGGACAAACUUCGUUUCGCCUCCUCGCUCUCCAAGAAGAGCUGUAAAAACAAAAAUAAGCCAUAAAAGUAGUCAGAAAUUAAUCAGAAAAAGUAUCACUCCACCGAGGACCUUAGACAAUGAUGAUAUUUCGAACCUGAAGUCCAGCACUUGUGAGUCAACAGGCCCAGUUAUUGUCGAUUUUAAGCCAGUUCAUAAAAUCACAGAUUUCAAGAGAAUGACAAUGAGCACAAUAUAAUAAUAAAACUACUUAUGAAAGUAGUCACUCUGAUAACCCUUCCUCCUCACCGCAAUAUUUAUUAUUAUGGGUUUUAUUUUCCUAAAUGGACCUUUAUCCACAAUGCCAAUAUGGAUUAGCGCAUAGGGUAGUCCAAGGAAAAAAGGAGGCAUGUGGUUUUCACUGCCUGACAGACUUGAGAAGGGCGACCGUUAGGCAGAAUAUGUGGUAAAGUUAGGUUAGGUGAGAAAGCAUGGCUCGUGAAGAAUUCUUGACACUUUUAGGUGUGCCUUAUGGAAUGCUUUCUAGACAAGAUGGCUGCUUACGUCACCAAUUUAGGAGCUAAAAGAUUGGCCUAAAUCAUCCUACUGAAGGAAGAGCACACGUUAAAACUAAAUAAUUAUAGUAGACAACGAGUACUACAUGCACGCCUUAUCCAGAGUCUACGAGGAGAACUUGGUGUACAGGAAGAGCUUCAUCACUGUCUGAAGAUAUAAAAACUGAAAAGCCUCAAGAAAGGUUCAAAUUGAUUGACAUUGAUGAUUAUUUAAGCCAGCUCAAAGCUAAAAUCAAAGCAGAGCUGAUCAACAAUAAACAAAACGAUGACUAUCAUUAUGAUGCAAACCCUAGCUUGGGAAGGAUAUUCAAGCUUUUUCCCGAGUUUGGAAGGAAAAUGAAACAAAAGUAG